AUGUCAUCUUUCCUUUCUAUACUGGAGGAGGCCAGGGGAGAGGCCCUCAAUAGUCACAAAGCCGCCCCUGAGUCCACUACUCCCAAGAAAAAUAUUGUAAGGCUGAAAAAAUGGGUUCCGCGGACCCAGAAGCACAUGGGGCGAAAAGACGGUUGUGAUACCGAUUCUGGACCCUCAUCGAAAUCUGUCACUCCGCCCACAUCUUGUAGUGACAACAACAAAGAGCAGCUCAAAAGCCAAAAGCGUCUUCCUCUGGCCAAUGAGAAGAAAAAGAUGUCUAAGAAGAUAAGAAGGACCCCAAGCUCCAAUAAAACCAGUUGUGGGAAGGCUGGCAAGAAUCAGAAGCCCUCUUCAACAAUCAGUGCUUCCCAUAUCGUCAGAGCGAAGAACAAAACGGUGGCGGUUCCACGAGCCACACAAAACCCCGACCAUGAUUCCGAGGGACAAGAUUCCGACGACGAUUUUGUCGUCGACGACAAGGCAUAUAAACCCCGGAAAUCAAAGGUCGGAGCAAUGGCCCGUUCAAAACUCUUUGCAGGAAUGGAAUAG